AUGGCACGGGUGACAGCCAGUCACGAAGGGAAAAUGAUCAGCGUGUGGCUGAAGCGCAAGGGUGAGGCGGAGGAUGAGGCUGUUGAGAUUUUGUUGGUGCCAACGCGUUGGGCUGGUAGCGGUCUCAUUGGGUGUGAAUUUGAGCCGUGCUUGCAGGGAUAA